GCGAUUCCUACGACACUCCACACCUACGUAAUUGGGAAGUAAAGUCUACUCCACAACCAGGAAACUCGUAAAAAACAAAUUGAUUUUUUGGUUCUGCUGAACAGCUCUAAUCUUUUGCUUUGCAAUCUUUCUCUAUUCGCUUCCACCAUGACCUCAACGGACACACCAGUCGCGCGGCGGCUAUCUUCUGUGAAGCACAUCAUCAUCGUGCUUGCCGGGAAGGGAGGCGUUGGGAAAUCGUCCGUGUCUACGCAACUCGCCCUAAACCUAUAUCAAUCAAGCCCCACUGCGAAAGUGGGCAUUCUUGACGUCGAUCUGACCGGACCUUCGAUACCUCGGAUGUUGGGAUUAGAUGGACAGGGCGUACAUCAGAGCAGCAGUGGCUGGGUGCCUGUGUAUGCGGACGGCGCGGAAGCUCGACUAGCGUGCAUGAGUGUUGGCUUUCUUCUCAAGAAGAAAGGCGACUCUGUGGUGUGGCGCGGUCCGAAGAAAAACGGGAUGAUAAGGCAGUUCCUAAGCGAUGUGCGAUGGGGUGACUUGGACUACUUGGUCAUCGACACGCCUCCAGGUGCGUCUACUGUGCGAUUCUGGGCUACAUUAGAGUUGAGGGUUUUGAUAGGAACGUCGGACGAGCAUCUGUCGCUUCUCGAGCAUAUGGCCCCAGUCCAUUCCCGAUUGUCCUCGGUCAUUGUCACAACGCCGCAAGCCGUUGCGCUCAUGGACGGAAUGAAAUGCCUCUCGUUCACGCGAGCAGUCAACCUCCCCGUGCUGGGGCUGAUCGAAAAUAUGAGUGGCUACGUAUGUCCGUGUUGCGGAGAGGUCAGCAACGUCUUCUCGACGGGCGGAGGGAAGGCGAUGGCGGAACGAGAGGGGUUGAAAUUUCUUGGCAGCUUGCCCGUGGACACUGAGCUCGUCAGCUUGUUGGACGCCAGCGAUGACGUUGUGAAUCUAGCCGAGAUUGAUACCGACAAGAGCGCAGAAGAAUCAUUCACACUACAAACCCGCUAUUCGAAGACGUCCUCGGCGAGCCUGUUUAAAGAAAUCACGGAAAACAUAUUUUCUGCGCUCGCCGAGCAGGCUGCCAGGAAUUGAACGUCGUGGCCAGGGUCGAAUUCUGUUAGGUGGACUCGAGGCGAUAAGCGGACAGAUGCGGAGACGGCUGUCGGGCCGGGCCCUGCCAUGCGGCCAUCAUCUGCGUGUUCUGCCUCGUGUCUGAUUGUUGAAUCCAACCGUGUUUCCUAAUUCGUCAUUCCAUAAGCCUUCUCAUAAGCCUUCUUCUUCCACCAGCAGGCGCUGAACCGCUGUUCUCAUGUUUUCUCCCUGCUGAUCUUGUACGAACAUCUACGAUUUCUUCCUGUAUCUGCUUCUGCGCCUCCAUCUGCUCGCUCUUUCUUCGUCUCACAAUCCUCCGGAGAGUCCGUUCACCCUCGACCUCUACUUGACUUGAAGAACCUCGGCACGCGAUGGGCACGCGUAAUAUCGACCAUUCUGCUUCAGUCUUCGAAGUGGAUGACCCCCCUUAUACGUCGGCUGAGGACGACCCGUUCAACGUCCGAACCCUUUUCACUCAGCCUCGUCGCAGGCGCCAUAGCAUGCUGAACAAAUGGAUACGAGAACAACAGACUCUGCCGACGGAUGUUACCGAAGCCGACGUCGUCGAUUUACAGGAGGGUCCUUCAGUGCUGCCCGGGCCAGCACCACCUUCCAGCCGAUACCUUGCAUAUCCUGAACUGGGCAAGUUCACAUAUAAUGAAAGUGCAGUCUCCAUCAAUAGUUACGAUCUGUUGGAGGACGAUGAUAUCCCACCGAGCGACAAAGAUCCUUCGAACAUCGUUCCACCCACCUCUCCGAAUCGCUUGAGCGCCUCUUUACGCCAUCUUUCGCUGUCAUUCCGUUCGAGUUCGCCCAUCGGAUCUCGGGCAAGCUCCCUCGCAAUGCCCCGUACACCAUCACGGGGGCUAUUUUACCCCCGGAACUCCCGCAGCAGCUCGGAAUCGAUGCACCACGGGCGAACUGCCAGCUUGUCCACUCUGAAAGCUUUGUCAGGUGACCCAAGCUCCUUCACGCCUCCGCCCUCCGCAUCGAAAUCUCGUUGGCGCCCUAGUGUGCUAGGCCAUUUUGGGAUGUCCAGUCCACCUUCUCCUUCUCAAGCGUCGGUGUCUGACACCUUGCAUCGUUCGCGACCGAGUAUCUCGUCGAAUCACACAUACACCUCAACCACACAAACGACCACUGACGGGGACUUGCCGGUCACACCCCCUCGCAGCACUGUAGCCGACUCGGUUCGUGUCAAGAGCCAGAGCGGUCUUCGCCUGGCUGAAGAUGCGUCAACGUUUUCCCUGUGGUCAGGGCCUUCCUACCUGGACGAGCUCGGCACUCUUUCGCGGUCGCCAAGGAAUCCGGGGUCAACCAUGUCGUGCGAUGGGUACAUUGGCAUGCCACCCCGCAGGCCGCUGGGGCCGAAGCCAGGUACUCGCUUAGGAUUCGACUCCAACUUGGUCGCAUCCGCCCCCGCGCGGCAUGCGAAGCAAGAGAACCGGCCUGAGAUUGCGUACUCAUCGGUCGGCAAGACACGCAGCGUGCCUCGCGUGUCUUUCGCCUCGCUUGGUCCCCGCAAAAAGAAGAAGCGGCUUGUCAUCAGUGGAAUAGCUGCCGAGGAUGACCACAAAUUUGAAGCCGCGAAACGGUGGUGUGAGAGCUUUGGUGAAGUGAGCCAGAUCACGCGGAUGCCGAACGAUGACCUCCACGUGCAUUUCCGACAGGCGGAGGUCGCUGAUACCGUCUGCCGCCUCCGAGCUAAAGUCUAUAUCCGUGCCGUGGGGAGUGUGCAGCUUUCCUGGUACACGAGUUCCGAAAAUAGCCGAUGAAGAUAACGACCCUUGCAUAUUACAUUCACUUUCCCAUCCGCGCCUAAUCUUGUGACGACAUCCAUGCUUUCCCCACGACUGUUAUGUCCGUUCAUGCCAUCAAUAUGUACAGCUAUCACAGGUUACACUAUAUACCACUCGCCUAUUCGACCAUUCUAAUCAGGACCGAAGACCACUUGCAUCGAGAACACAUCUAAUACCAUGUACAUAUCUCUAUACCCCAUACGAUUCCACUCGCUGUCGUCGCUAUACUGCACUUGCUCUCGUUUCGUUUCGGAUAGCCCAAUAGGAUUUCUGCUUUGCUUUGCUUUGACCGCCCAAUUAUGGGAAUCAAUCUCCUGUGUGGUGGAGUGAUUGAUCGGCAAAUGUGGUCAUGAACAUUCGUCAACCGUCGUUCAGGACCACACAUCUUGUCUUAGCCCCAGCUGCAUGGAAAUCGAGGAAACCACGAAUUAUCUGAAAACUGAAAGCAGCCACGGAAAUAUUCCCCUUGUCAUCGUUCAAGGUUUUCUCGGCGGAGGAUCUACAUGGCUAUGGGGCGACUUCGAGCGGUAUCUCAACUCCGGGCAGGACCCAGCGCGUCAUAGACGUGUUAUAUUCGUCAGUAUCGGGCCUGUCAGCUCACUCCACGACCGAGCCUGUGAGUUGUAUCAUGCGCUUGUCGGCGGCACAGUCGAUUAUGGAGAAGCACACGCGAAGGCCCAUCACCACACGCGCUACGGCCGGCAUAUCGUGCAGGGUUCAUACCCAGACUGGUCCCCAGAAGCGCCUCUGCAUUUUCUGGGACAUUCUAUCGGAGGUCCGACGAUAAUCAAACUACAGCAUCUAAUCAGGACGGGGCACUUCGGGCAUUCGGCACAUCCACGGAUGGUGCGCUCUCUAACAACUAUUACUUCUCCAUUCCGUGGUACUCAAUCUGCAUACUUACUGGGGGAGCGCUCUGAUGCGGCACCCUUCGUUCGACCACUCUCCGUCGGCUCCCUGAUUGGGAAAGCCGUCCACGUUCUAUCGUUUCUCGCACCAGUCAUCCCCGCUUCUCUCAGCCUCGACCUGCAUGGGGACUGUCGCUCGCUGACGUACCGGGAUAUAUCCGUGCUCGAUCUGCUGAAGCAGCUGUGGCGAAGCGAUUGGGCGGAGAGCGAAGAUGUCGCGCCGUUCGACGUGACAUUCCAGGCCUCAGACACGAGGGAAGAGAAGGGGGAGGGUUCCGUUGAGCCUGAGACGUAUUACAAGAGUUUCGUCUAUUGCAUGACCAAACCGCGGCGACGCAGGCUCAUCCUUGGGUCUCAUUCUAGAAUGCACACUCCGUCUUUGCAACAUCUCAUCACAUCUCCGCUCUCUUACUUGCUUUCCCUUCGCAUGGGAAUGUUCGACUUUUCUACUCUCAAGCCGCGUCCGUCGUUCCUGCGUGACGCGGGUCCCCUGCAACUGGGAGAAGAGUACUGGGCCAACGACGGUGUUGUUCCGUUGUUCUCUCAGUGGCAUCCGCUUCCAUGCAGUCGAACAAGUUGUUCCCACAGACCGUUAUCCAAAGGUGCGAGGGUGCAGCCUGGGACCUGGUACGUGAAAGAGGCGGAGGGGCAUCAUCUGUCGGUCGUUCCGCUGUGGUUGGGCACCGAAACUCAACGGGAGUUUUGGUCGGAGGUGGGGGAAUGGCUGCGAACGGUGGAGAUGCAGAUAUAGUCGCACCGACGCCUGCUUUAUAUGUUUAUUGGUAAUCUAACUAGAUCCAUGUUGUAUCACAAUCUCAUGCAUAGUCGUAUUCCGGGAAGCUACCUAUGUGACCUACCUAUAGAAAUCCGAUUCAAAUUAUC